AUGGUUACAAUUGAAGCAUACUGUGCCGCUCGUCUGAAAGGUUUGUAUGCCGAAGGUUGUUCAUCGAAGUUUGUAUCCCGCUUAAGUGGACAUGGUAGCAGUUAUAACUGUCCUGAUGAAUUAAAAUUCAAUUUAGCGCUCAGUAAAUGUGUCGAACAAGUUUGAUUGUGUCGUAGCACGCUACAAACGUUUGAAUCAAUCGGUAAUAUCUUCCUCAGUACUUUCAAUGGAAGACACACUAGUUUUUCUAUCGGUUAUGCGUUAUUAUUGGCAUUUAAAGAAUCUGAUGGCAUUGAAAAUUUAAGGCACCGAGUAGUUCUUAUUUAUCUCUUGUACAGGUCUGCUGAACUUGACGGUGAAUCAACGGAAGGCGAUGUACUUCAACAUCCUUUUCUGUCUUUUUUUCUAUCCGUUAUGGAAUAUGACAAGGAUAGUCCUGUGGAAGUAAAAAUGUCGGGCUGUCCAAAACUUGGAAUUCGCGAGAAAUACAUCACUGGUUGCUUAUUAACAGAAAUGUUGGACAAAAUUGCCAGUCGUACUCCAGUCGAUAUUACCAUGAUGAAAAUUCCAAAGCAGGAUUUUGAUAUAACGCGACAUAUAACGGCGCUUAAAAAUCGCCAGGCAAAAUAUCCUUCGAUUGCAUCAGCUACUACCCCAGCUGUUAUCAGAAUAAUAAAUGAGAAGACAAAGAAUCAACAGGUCGAAUCACUGCCAUCUAUGUUGCUCCCCAAUUUAUUAACAAAUUCUUACUUGUUUGAAAUUCUUCCUCCUUCAUUUCAUCGUGUUACACCUUCAUUAAUGCCUCCCUCAGAUGAUGAGUUUCAAUUUCUGUAUCCUUUCAUAUUGGAUCCCAUGUGGAUGGAAACGAGCGUUGAGAAACAGGAUGUACGAGCGUUAUCCAACACCUCCCAUGUCUUCAGUCCAAUGAAUACUGUUCGUAAAAACCAAGUGAUAAGUGAGAAAUCAGAAGACACAGAGUUGGAAACAUCUCCCAUAUUGUCACCUCCGUCGGCCAAAGAAAUUCAGCAGGAUUCUAUGGAUGUUUCUAAUAAGAUUUGUUCUUCACUUCCUAGUACACCCAGUAUUGUUACGUCUACAUCAGACGAUAAACCUUUGGCUGAGGCUUAUCACGCAUCUUCUACAUUAAUAUUUUCCGAGGAAAAAGCUGAUAUUAUCAACAGUGACGCUCUAACAGAGCCAAAAACAGAUGUAUCGGUCGAAAUACCUCCUGAAUCUCAAACGGUUAUAUCACCACUUUCAUCCGAAAAGAAACAGCCGAUGACGUCUGUGGAGGCUGCAGAGCUCUUAAAAAAAUCUUUGGUGUCAAUCAUUACAAGAACAGAAGCGCAGAAAUUAGCCGAAGCUAUUGCAAAAGAUCCUUCAUUAGCUGAACUUAUAGAUAUCCCUUUAACCAAGUUUGAUAAAUAUAUUGACGAUAAUCCGGCAAUUGCAGCAGCUGUUAUUGUAGCUCGAAUCACUCAAAACUGCAAUGAAUUGCCUCAGUUUUUCCAAUUACUUGCUGGAAUGAAGAUUUCAGUACAAGCCAUGGAAGUAGUAAACAAACUGUGUGCUCAAAUUGAAUUUCCACAAGAAUAUCUCAAUAGUUAUAUUGCAACGUGUGUGCGUCGUUGUGAAGAACCAGAUCAAACGCCUUUUAUGCAAUGUCGUCAAGUACGGGUGGUGUGCGUCUUUCUUUCUUCACUUAUUCGAAGUCGUACUUGGGAUGUUCGGCCAUUAUCGGUAGAAUUACAAGCUUUUGUCUUGAAGUUUAAUCACGUACGUGAAGCAGCUUCUCUGUAUCAAGCUAUUUUAAUGGCUCUUCAACCAUUGGCAGAUCCAGUGAUUUGUUCCAGUACCGUCGCUCUUUCAACCAGAGCAACUGGAGGCAUCUCAAUGGUUGCGACUGCUGGUUCUAGCGAGCCAAUUACUGCCAAUAGUAGAGCUAGUCGUUGUAAUAACUGA